AUGGCCCCCGAUCCGGCGCCUUUCACCAGGUGUCAGCUCCCUGGGGGCCCUGGCUCAUCGCUGGCCAGCCGCGAUCAGGCAGGCACAGCGGGCAUCCCUGGGAGGCCACAGUGGGCCCUCUGCUCCUGCCCUGCCCCUCGGCUGGUGCCUGUGGCGCAGCCGCUCCGGGCCCUGGUGCUGCCUAGCUGGGGCUUCAGCACCCAGGGGCAGGGGCGGUCCUGCCGGCUGGGCUCACCGGCGCCCCCGCGCGGCACCCCAGGGGGCGACGCCGGACUGCCGUGGAGGACACGCCCCGGGUGCGCGCUCCGUAACAGCCAAGAAGCAUCUGUCCUCCAUGGAAGCCGGGAGAGACCCGCCAGCCGCCGAGGAAGACCGCCCGGCCGGCCAAGCAGCCCGCGGCCCCUGAGUGCCCAGAGGCUCCCGCAGGGCCAGCUGCGGAGGACCGAGCGGCCACUGUCCUCCAGUGCGCCUUCCGGCGGCUCCUGGCCAGGGAGGAGCUGGCCCGCCGUCAGCGGGAGCAGCAGGACUACCAGCGGCAGAUGGAGCAGCUGCAGAGGGAGGCAGAGGGAGGCGGCCAGGACCCCCGCACUCGGGCCGGGGAGGGGGGCUCCCUCGGUCCCGGUCUGCCCGCAGGCCUUCGUGGCCCUGGUGCGGAGGGAGCAGGAGGCGACGCGGCGGCGUCGGGAGGCGGCGGAGGAGGCCGAGCGGCGGCGGCGAGAGGAGCGGGCGCCAGCCCCAACAGCAAGGUGGGCGCCGGGCCGGGGCGGGGGGCGACUGCCGCCCCCGCGGAGCCUGGCUCAGGAGCCCCUCGAGCAGGGCGCCUUCGGCCGGCCGCCGCUGUACCGAGCAGCCUUCGGGGGGCACCUGGAAGCCGUGGAGGUGCUGCUGAAGCUCGGAGCUGACCCCCGGGUGUACGCAGAAGGAGCCUCACGGAGGCCAUGCUCCAGAACAUGGAGGCCGAGCAGCCGCGUCGGGCCCAGGAGGCUGAGCGGCACGAGGAGGCAGAGGCCAAGCGGCGCAGCCGGGGGAAGGUGGGUGGGGUGGGGGGUGGCAGGGAGGGCCUCUGAUGACCAGGCCACUCCCCCCCCCCGCCCCAAAGUGAACCUCAAAGUACAACAGCUGGCGAAGGCACAGCAGCAGCGGCACGCACAGCUGCAGCAGGCCUACUGCGAGCUCAACCAGAGGACCACGGAGCACGAGGAGUGCGAACGGAGGUGCCCAGGCCAGGCUGAGCUCACCCUACAGGCCGUCAAGGCAGAGGCCCAAGUGGACAGACCGCAGCUGGAGGCCCAGGAGGCCGAGGAGACGCUGGCCGUGGCCAGGCUGGAGCUACGGGAGCAGAGCCAGGAUGGGGAAGAGGAGGUGCCGGGGCUCAAGUGCCGGGUCGCUGAGCUGCACGACGUACUAAUGAAGGACGUGGGCGACCGCAUCCGCGCAGACGGCCGGUCGGUGGUCAUGGCUGUGUGGGACGGCGGGAGGAGGAUUUGGGUGGACAGCAGUGACCCGGUGGCCACUCCCAGGUAGCCUCUUGUCAUCGACCCUUCGGGCCUGGCUGCCGCCUUCCUGUGCUACCAGGACAGCAACUACGUGGAUGCUGUGAA